AUGGCAAAAACGCUCAAUGAUCUCCUCACCGAAACAAAAGAAGAGGAGGCUGCUCCGCCUCCAGUGCCGGCGACGGUCGAGAAAUCUUCCGAUGAUGUCAUCUCGCCGGAAAGGAUUCCAUGCUCUCCGAACGAUGAAGAAGAGCCUGAGGCAAGGCCGUUGGAGAAAGAUUCCAAUUCUUUGACGAAUGAAGGCGUGACAUCGAGUUUGAAAUCGACAGAUGCUUUGGAUUACGAUCAUAUUCACCAAAUGAUUGCGAAUUGGAAUGCUGAGUCUAAAAGGUCGGUAGAAGAAAGUGCAAUAACCUCUGAUUCGAGUCCGACAGAGAAGUCGAGCUCGGAGAAGUUUACGGAAUCUUUGGAUGCUGGCGAGGUGCCAAAGCGGAAGGAAGAGUGCGAGAGACCGCCGGCGAAGAAGACGACAAACUUCCAGCGAAAUGACGACGUUCCAGUGAGUGUGAGCGCGGCGAAGCCAGGGGUGCUGUUGCCGUCUCCAAGUGUGGGAGCGAGCCUUAUUGAGAACUUGGAUCCUUGGAAGGAAGGUUCGCCAAAGACGAAAUCGGCAGGGAGCCCAGCGAUGGUGGAGGAGGCUUGGGAGAGACUCAAGAAGUCGUACGUAUACUUCAAAGGCAAGCCAGUGGGUACUCUUGCAGCUAUGGAUCCAACGGCUGAGACUUUGAAUUACAAUCAGGUGUUUGUGAGAGAUUUUGUUCCUAGUGGUUUGGCCUGCCUGAUGAAAAAAGAACCAGAUCAACGAGAUGUUGUAAAGAAUUUUCUCCUCAAGACCCUCCACCUCCAAAGCUGGGAAAAGAGGAUCGAUAAUUUUACACUUGGAGAAGGUGUUCUGCCGGCAAGUUUUAAGGUUCUCUUUGAUCAACAUCGUAAGAAUGAAACUCUAGUUGCGGAUUUUGGUGGCAGCGCAAUUGGAAGAGUUGCGCCUAUUGAUUCUGGGUUCUGGUGGAUCAUUUUGCUGAGAUCAUACACCAAAUGCACUCGUGAUCACUCACUGGCAGAACUUCCUGAGGUGCAGACGGGAAUAAAGUUAAUUCUCAAUCUUUGCCUGUCAGAUGGGUUUGACACAUUCCCAACACUUCUCUGUGCAGAUGGGUGUAGUAUGAUCGACAGGAGGAUGGGGAUGUAUGGUUAUCCAAUUGAGAUUCAAGCACUCUUCUACUUUGCAUUGAGGUGUGCCCGGCAGCUGUUGAAUCCAGAACGUGGUGGCAAGGAAUUCCUUGAGCGGAUAGAUAAGCGCAUCUCAGCUCUCAGCUUUCACAUCCAGACGUAUUACUGGCUUGAUUUUACACAGCUAAACAAUGUGUACCGCUACAAAACUGAGGAAUAUUCCCAUACUGCCGUCAAUAAGUUUAAUGUCAUUCCAGAGUCUAUCCCUGACUGGGUUUUCGAUUUUAUGCCCUUGCGAGGAGGAUAUCUGAUCGGCAAUGUUAGCCCAGCUAGGAUGGACUUCAGGUGGUUUUUAGUUGGGAAUUGUAUUGCCAUCCUCAGCUCGCUGGUAACACCUGUGCAAGCUACAGCAAUUAUGGACUUGAUUGAGGAGAGAUGGGAGGACUUGAUCGGGGAGAUGCCUCUGAAAAUUAUUUACCCUGCAUUGGAGGGACAUGAGUGGAGAAUUGUCACGGGAUUUGAUCCGAAAAACACACGAUGGAGUUAUCACAAUGGUGGUUCUUGGCCAACGCUGCUGUGGCUGCUUACCGCAGCUUGCAUCAAGACCGGGAGGCCUCAGAUGGCGAAGAAAGCAAUCGAGCUGGUGGAGCAGCGACUCUCGAAAGACGGGUGGCCCGAGUACUAUGACGGCAAGACAGGGAGGUACAUUGGGAAGCAAGCAAGAAAGUACCAGACUUGGAGUAUCUCCGGAUACCUGGUUGCUAAGUUGAUGAUCGAGAAUCCGGCCAAUCUUGCACUCAUCUCUCUUGAAGAGGACAAGAAGAUAACCAAGCCAAGGCUUACCCGCUCUGCUUCUUUCUGAAUAAGAAGACCACAGUGAAGUGGCA